CAAAAAUGUAACGGAAGGCUAUGUUGUGAAGACUCAACAGCCGGUGGAAAACCGGCUUCCAAAUUUUGACAAGCCAGCACAUCCGCCAUGGAACAGCACGUUACGAAUGUAAUACUUAACUAUCCCUGAUAUAUAUUAUUUGUUCGUCGUUUUCAGCCCCAAUUAAAACCAUUACGACACCUUACACUAACCCGCACAUUAAUAUUGAGUGGAUAUAAAUUCAGUUUUGCUAAUGCGGACUCAUUUUUUCGCUGCACAAGCUCGCCGGGCUAAAGAAAAAGAGACUCGCGUUGAAUAAAAUAUACUCUGGUCUUCGAUUAAAGAAUGCGAGUAUUUAAAAUCAUUUCUAAAAAAAAAUUAAGAGCAGCUCGUCAUCGUAAAUGCCCGCAUUUCGUUUGGCUACAUCAGUAUUUAACUGUGUAUGAGCAGACGAACUCUGUCCGAGCAAGUAGUGUCCAAUUGUCCAUCGUGCUAAGCACUAACAUCGCGCUCAGUAUGCAUUACCUCUACCAUUACUUUACGUGAUGAAACUCCGGACCGGCUUUCAUAGUGUACAGAUACAUCGGUUGAGCUGUAUGACAACAGUAAAAAAGGUAAUUUUUUAAUGUAUUAAGUACCACCACAGUGGGUGAUUGCAUUUGGUGACGCAUGAAUACAUGUCAUCGCGCAAGUUGCAAGACUGUACCAAGACCUACAAUCCAGUGCUGGCGUCUGCUUUAAUAAUUAUCAGGUGCUGACAAAUCACGGGCUUUACUGUAAACUCAUUUUGGAUGGAAGCACCGGCACUUAUACAACGCGAGCACCUUGUAAACAACGUUGCCAUGAAAUCGGUGUCUUCCUCCUCUUAACUGUAAUCACAGAACUUUGGAAAUUGAUCGCUCCGAUUCGCUCGUCCAAGGACAAUACGACUGUACAUACAUGAGUCAUCUGUAUCGCAGUGAUAUUAUUAUACAGUAUUGGCGGAAACACAGCCGGCAACUUCGCGUCUGCAGCAGCAGUAUACUGCAUAAAAAUAUGAUCGGCCAGUCGAUUGCUUCUUGGAUCGAUGAUAUCGUCAGCCUAACCUCUUACUCAGAGUGCCGGAACAGCCAAUCGAGAGCGCAGGAACCCGCCACUACUCUAGAUUAGACCCUGCAGUUUUUCACCUUAGUCCGUGAAUUUUUUUGCUUGGACUGCACUAACAAUUCCUGUUUUAAUUUCCUCACGAAUUGUUGCGAUCAUGGUGAAGUUCUACAAGACCAUCCAACGUUUCCUCCGCCGAGAUCUGGACUGGGCAUAUCAGGAAACCCUGAUGGAAUCAUGUUUUGUCAUCUUCUUUGCUUACUACAUGGCAUGUCUCAGCUCUGGUUUCCGGAUCUUCCCGGAACGGCAGUCCAGCUGCAUGGAAGUGAGCGAGUCCACCACACUGAACACAACGUCUCUGCCAGGCGGCGCAGCGGUCAACGUAUCCUACGGGGAUCGGCUUAACUCGACCGAAAUACAGUUAUCUAACCUUUCCCGGAAGCCGGACAAGUUGGUGCACAUGAUUCCUGUACAACCGGCAGCAACGCCACUGGGCUUUAUCGCCGCCUGUGUCACUUCCGGCCUGGCAACCAUCUUGGCAGUUUCCCUGGCUUGUUCGCUAAUGGUCAACCGGCAGUGGCGCUACUCUAUCGGGCAGCUCCAUAUGCCAUACUGCCGCAAAAUCACGGUAUUCUUCGGUUACGGGAAUAAGGCCGAGGGCGUGGCGGAUUUCCUGGACGCCAGGUAUCAUCCUCUGCGAGUUGCACUGAAUGCGGUGGUACUGGUGGUCAUGUGGUUCUGUUUGGUAAUGUUGUGCUACUUCAUGGCGAUGAUGCCUGUACUGCUGUCCGAGUUGCUUUUGACCCAGCUGAUCAUCAGUGUGUUCGGCCCAGAAAGCGAAUUUCCGUACCGUAUCCUUGUCGCUUGCUUUCUAUGCGUCCAUUCGACUGGCAGAAUUUGGGGAUUAUGGACACAAAAAGCAUAUUUUUCGUGCAUUAAUGACGACAUCAGCGAGGUCUACGGUUGGAAGAUUUUCCGCGCCGAACGCAUGAAGGAGCCGAAAUUCCCUCCACUACCGUCGUCGUUCCAGAAGAAGUCCCGCGGUCCAUAUUUGCAUAGCGGACCGAAUAUCAUCAAGCAGAUGCAGGUGGGAGCAGCUUCUUUCCUUUUUAUCAUCGUUACAAUGAAGGCGUGGCCAAUAUGCGCUAAGUUCCUCCAUGUGGGCCAUUGGAAAAGCGUAUCAAAUUUGGAAGAUUGGGCUAAUUACUUUAUUGUUACGGAGAGACCAACUGCCGAUUGCUGUGGGUGUGAUUGUGAACUCCCAACAAGAUAUAAACCGGGAGCCGCUAUGCUGUCGUACUGGGCAUGCCAAGUAUCCGAGCAAUUCGUUUCCGAGAAUGAUACGAGCUCCAUUUCUUCAGCGAGGACUUUGUUGGCUACCGCUUACACAGUUGGAUGGCCGUUGGUCUGGAGCGGAACAUUACUGCUCCUUAGUGGUUUACCUUGCGCUCUCGUGUGCACUUGCGGUGGAUUGAUUGCUAUCAUGAUACUGGAUGCGAACCUCUUUGAAGGCUGGAAAAAGACUUUUAACCCGACUGUCAGCCGAUCAAAUAGGAAUGCGGAACAAGAUGCGGAAGAAGCAGGAGAUGACGCACAUCCACAGCCGACGAAUACAUUCAAUAUGACGAAGUUCUAUGCGUUCUGUGGGGGCGUCUUUCCAGAAGCCAUGAAAUGGACGGUGACCCAGCUAAAGGAUCUGAACCAGGAGCGUUCAACCAUGUCGGAAGAAGCAUAUUUCUCGGUGAUGGAUAGCAUAUUUCUUGGAGCACUAGCGAUCAGCCGCGAAUUGCACUUUUGCGUGUGUGCAUCGUGGGGCGAAUGCGUGCUGUACCCGCUAAUUGCCCUUAGUCCCUACUUGUGGUGCUCGUAUCUGCCGACAACGCUGGUGGAAGUUUUCUUGCCGGAACACCUCCAACUGCCCGGCUUGCUGUUGCUGCUAACCGGCAUCUUGUUGUGGGCAUAUCGUUUACUGGUGCAGGCGAUCCGAGCGCCGCACUCUUGCCGCAAUUGCAUGCCAGCCGAAAGCCAGGACCUUGAGACAGAGGAGACAAAUUGAAAGGGCGACCUUUGGAGUUUGAGCUAUUCGUGGCACCGUCAGCAGCCGACGCGAGAGCAUUUACUCCAUUCUGAAAAAGGAUUACAUGCGUGUCAGCGGCUACGAUUUUCAAGUCGAAGUUCUUGCUAUUUUAAUUGAAAUUGCACCCCAACGAGAUUUUUAUCUAUUGCUUUUAACUCUUAUGAGCAGUGCAGCUGGUUUGAGUGACCGCUUUCUGUUUGGCGAUUGUUUUUGUUUCAAUAGUAACUCUGUCGUUCAUAGGAGUACCUAUGGAGGACGGAACUGGCCGGAAAUGGCAAUUCUAUCUGAUCUAAAUCAACUCUUUUUCCGAGAAUGUUAUUUUCGUCCUAAUAUUUUGUUAAUUCAUGUGCAAUAGCCGUGCUUGUUUAAGAUUGUUUAAUUGUGCUUCGAACUGCGUUAUUUAUUAUUAUCCUCGAGUUAUUUGCUUCGGUAUCCUUGAAUUAGCUUGCCUAUCGAUUGUUAAUUCAGAAUGUUAUUAGUUUUCAAGUUUUCCGAAUAUGUGCGGAUCGAAUGUACAGUAAUUUUCCGAAAUU